UCCCAUGACAGUGUGAAAGGGAAUUUGUUCUUCUCAGCAGAUCCUCGGUCUGUGACAUUGUGACCUCUCGUCAUUGUUCCAAGAAAGUUCAGCUGCUACGACGUGCUAUCUGUGCUUCAAACAAUGACAAUAUUAUCUCCUCCCCCUGCAUAUAUCCGCGUCUCCCUCCUUCUGCUCUAAAUUUCAUUCCUUCCAGGUUCUUUAAUCUCCUUACAUCUCCUUUAAUUUUUUAAUUUUACCACAUGCCCCUGAAAAUUCAUCGGUUCCCUAGGGUUUCUCCGCAUCCCCUGAUUUCCCCCUUCCAAUUUUGCUCUGGUUUUGACUUCCGUGUUUCUCGGGCAUGAACUGUCGUUGACAGAAUUCUGUUCCAUUUAGUUUUAGUACAGAUUAGGCGAAUUCGUGAACCAUAUAUUUUUCCAUGGAUUCCGAUUGCAUCUCCAGUUUCAUCAACGGGUAUCAAUCUAACCAAACGCCUAUGACACUCAAUUAUGAUCAGUAUACUGGUCCGGCAAAUGAAAUUCAAAUAAGCGACCCUUUCGUGAACUUUGGGUCUGUGGAUGCCAGCUUUGCCGGAAUUCCUGCUUCUCUGUCUUCCGUUAGCACGGACGUUGACUCUCCCUUGGACGAGACCGACUUCUCUGGCAGUUUGCUUGGGUACAUACACCAAAUGCUAAUGGAAGAGGACAUGGGAGACAAGCCCAGCAUGUUUCAUGAUUCCUUAGCUCUUCAAGCGGCCGAGGAAUCAUUAUACGAGGUUAUUGGGAAGAAAUACCCUUCCGAUUCCUCCGUCCAGCGUCAUCUUCCUGACUAUCACCGUGCGGAGAUCUCCGAGGAAAGUGUCUCGGGCAACAUCAGUGAUCAUAGUAGUAGUGGCAGUUACGCUGCUAACGGUACUUACUCUGUUGAGUCCCAGUGGAGUAACGUGGACUUUACAGAGUACAAACCUUCUCUACUGCAAGCCACGUUUCCUGUCGAUUUCGUUUUCCAGUCUCCUUCAACAUCCGCAGCACAACUUUCCACGGACAAUAUGAGCACCUCCGAUAAUUCUGGUCGUAAGUAUAAUGGAUUCGUGGGGAAUUACAAGACAGGGACUGGCUUCUCUGAUUCUACACUGCUUAGUAAGAAUGAGUCUCUGUUUCAAUUUAAGAGAGGUGUGGAGGAAGCCAGUAAGUUUCUGCCCAAGGAUAAUCAUUUGAAUAAUUACACAGCGCCCAACAUCAUUUCUCCUUCAUUCGGAAAGACUAUAGAGGCUGUGGUCAAGACGGAGAGAUAUGAGAGGGAGUACUUACCUGCUGAGUCAAGAGGAAAGAAGAAUCACGAACGGGAAGAUGGGAUAGAUUUAGAGGACGAGAGAAGCAGGAAGCAGCCAGCUGUUUACAUAGAUGAGAGUGAGCUAUCAGAAUUAUUUGAUAAGGUGCUUAUUAGCACAGGCUGGGGAAAAGAGGCACCUCCCAUGUGUAUUUGCCAUGAAAAUUGUAAUCAUGGAGCACACACAGGCGUGCAGAAAAAUGAAGAUCCAAACAAGUCUAGCAAUGGAAAGAGCCGUGUUAGAAGGCAGAAUUAUAAUAAUAAUAAGUAUGAUGAAGUGGUCGAUCUAAGGGCAUUACUUAUUCAUUGUGCACAAGCUGUGUCAUCUGAUGAUCGUGGGACUGCUGAUAAGCUAUUAAAGCAGAUUAGGCAGCAUUCUUCCCCAACGGGCAGCGGAUCUCAGAGGUUGGCCCACUGCUUUGCAAAUGCCCUUGAAGCACGCUUGGCUGGUACUGGCUCUCAGAUUCAUUCUGCCUUGUCCUCCAAAAGAAUUUCUGCUGCAGACAUGGUAAAAGCAUACAAAAUGUAUAUUACAGCCUGUCCAUUCCAGAAAAUUGCAGUUAUUUUUGCAAACCAUACAAUUUUGCAUCUUGCCAACGAUGCAGAAACGCUUCACAUUGUAGAUUUUGGCAUUCGUUAUGGCUUCCAAUGGCCUUCCUUUAUCCUUCGUCUCUCCAAACGAACUGGUGGACCCCCCAAGCUGCGUAUUACAGGGAUUGAUCUCCCACAACCUGGUUUGAGGCCGGCAGAGAGAGUCCAGGAGACCGGGCGGCGCCUCGAGAAGUAUUGUAAGCGCUAUAAUGUUCCAUUUGAGUAUAAUGCUAUUGCACAGAAAUGGGAAACCAUCAAGCUUGAGGACUUAAAGAUAAAAAAAGGUGAACUCGUGGUUGUGAAUUGCCUGAUGCGAUUUAAGAAUCUUCUUGAUGAGACAGUUGCGGUGAAUAGUCCUAGAGACACUGUUUUGAAGUUAAUUAGGAAGGCAAAUCCCAGUAUGUUUUUGCAGACUAUAGUCAACGGGUGCUAUAAUGCACCAUUCUUUGUGACACGUUUCCGGGAGGCUCUUUUCCAUUACUCUUCAAUGUUUGAUAUGCUUGACACUAAUGCUGAUGGUGAAGAUCCAAUGAGGUUGAUGUUUGAAAAGGAGUAUCUUGGACGAGAGGUAAUGAACAUUAUAGCUUGUGAAGGGUCUGAGAGGACUGAGAGACCUGAGACGUACAAGCAAUGGCAGGUCCGGAACACGAAGGCAGGGUUCGGGCAGCUGCCCUUGGAUCACCAUCUGGUCAGUAAAUUAAGAGGCAAGUUGAGAGAAGUGUUCCACAGAGAUUUCAUGCUUGAUGAAUGCGGCAAUUGGAUGCUACAAGGUUGGAAGGGCAGAAGUAUUUAUGCUUCCUCCUGUUGGGUGCCAGCAUAGGUUCCUCCCUCUACAGCUGAAACUCAUGCAGAAUCGAAGCUAGUCCCUUGGCAGGCAGCUUCUCGUGGUCUGUCUGAGGUGGUGUCGGCAUCCAUUGUUGUUCCCUCUUCCCUGUUUCUAAUCCGAGUUUACACUCCUUUCUGUGCAUUCAGUUCACGAGAAUCAGUUUGAGAGCCUCUUCAAAAGUUAACACGGCACUUCCCAGAUUAAUCCAUCCCGCUCUAACUAAUAUUAUAUUAGUGAUGCUUCCGUUGGAAUGGCAGGAUGUUGAAUGGGAAAAACAAAUCUCGAGCUUGAAUCAUGUGAAGUUGGUGGCCAGGUGAGGACACGUGAGUGAGCUUUUUUGGGCACAAUAUGAGGGCUUGGUGUUAAUUAAGAUUUUGUACACUUGCUUCAGUGUGUUUUCGCAACACCUCACCUGUGUUCACCAGCCACCGUUACAAAUAUCUUCAACAUCGGAUGAUUUUAUUAUUAAACCCUAUCAAAGCAACGAUGAUAAUAUGGGAGCGACAGGGAUUGAAUAAAAGAAAAAGUUGAUGAAGCUUGAAUUAUAUCCUUCAACGAAUACGACAGCAUUUAAAUUAAGACUUUUUCCUGUUUACUGGACAGACAGAGCAACACUCAACAGGCCAACAAGAAGGGGCUCCCUAGAACCUUGUAAACUUGGUAUUCUAUACUCUGUUGAUGUCGACCCACACCAUGUACAUCCCUUGAACCCAAGCAAGCAAUUAUGUGAUCGUGUUUGUUUAUACUCUC